AUGCCGCGAGAAGUAUUAACAUUUCAAGUUGGUCAAUGCGGAAACCAAAUAGGGAGUCGCCUUUGGCAGGUGCUUUUGGAAGAGCAUGGCACGUGGCCACCCAAGACGACUCUCGCAUUGCCCUUUGGGAUGCGUUCCGGCGCUGGAACAGACCAUAUCGCUUUGGAUGAAGGAAUGUCGUCAAUCUUCAAAAUAUGCAGCACCAGGCAAGAUGAAGGCCAACUCCAGCAGCUUAAGGCACGAGCCUUUUUAGUGGACAUGGAAGAAGGUGUCAUACAUGGGCUACUCCGGGGGCCCUUCAGCUCACUUUUUGACGAGGCACUUGUAAUAACGGACGUGUCUGGAUCUGGAAAUAACUGUCCUGGGAAUACAGAUGAUGUAAUAACUUCACCAUACAACACUGCAUUGGCUCUUCGCGAGCUUCGUCAGCACGCUACAUGUGUUCUACCUGUUUGCAACGACUCACUAUCUCAGGUCAAAGGAGCACACAGCGUUGACUCAGCCAUGCCAUUUGCACAUGCCAAUGGAGCUGCAGCACAAAUGAUAGCGCACCUGACAAGCUCAGUCAGAUUCAGCGGCCCGCUGGACAUAGAUGUGCUCGACCUAAAUAGCAAUUUAGUACCCUACAGGGGUCUACAGUUCUUGUUCAGCGCCUUUUCCCCUCUGUUUACUGAGAAGGCGGUGUUUGAUGCCGCCGCUGAAUCACUGAAAAGCCUUAUAGAAGAUUACGAGUACCUAAAUACUCACCUUGCGCCGCCACCGGCUUAUACGCAAGCAUAUGCAGAAAGCGGGUUGUCAUACAGUGCUUCCAAAUGCGUAUGUAGAACUCCCCUGAUUUAA